UCCCUAUAUAUAUUAUCACUAACCAUAUAUUAUAUAUUUUUUUUUAUCAAAGCAUCCCUUAAUUCACAUAAGAAACAAAGACCGAGAGAAAUAGGAGAUCAAGUUAUGGAGAACGAAAGAGAAAAACUCAUUUACUUGGCUAAGCUCGCCUGCCAAACUGAAAGAUAUGAUGAUAUGAUAAAAUCGAUGCGAAAAGUGUGUGAGUAUGAUAUAGAGCUAAGCAAAGAGGAAAUAGACCUAUUAACAACUGGGUACAAGAAAGUGAUGGAGACUAAGAGAGAUUCAUUGAAAGUAAUAUCAACCAUUGGAGAAGUGGAAGACCUGAAAGGAAACGAGCAGAAAGUGAAAUUGAUAAAAGGAAAACAAGAAAUGGUUAAAGAUGAGUUUUCCAAUGUUUGUAAUGACAUUUUGUUUCUCAUCGAUGCUCAUCUCAUCCCAUCAACUACCAAUGUGGAAUCAACUAUCUUUUUCCUCAGAAUCAAAGGAGAUUAUUAUCGAUACAUGGCAGCGUUUGGUUCUGAUGCUGAACGUAAAGAAACUGCUGACAAUUCUCUUGAGGCAUAUAAGGUUGCAAUGGAAAUGGCAGAGAAAAGUUUAGCACCCACCAAUCUGGUUAGACUCGGUUUGGCUUUGAACUUCUCUGUGUUCAGUUACGACAUCCUUAAUUCCACUGAAAGAGCAUCUAAAUUAGCUAAACAAGCUUACGAUGAAGCAAUCACCGAACUCGAUGGCCUUGAUGACAAGCAAAAAUACAAAGAGAAGAAAGUUAUCAUAGAUAUGCUGAAAUAUAAUCUUUCCGUGUGGACUUCAUAUCACGAUCACGAUGAACAUUCUGGAAUCCCGAAAAACAAGAAAGACGAGUAGAACAUGUCUUUCGGAUUAUGAAGUCGAUGAGGUUUGCGUAUGAGAUUAGGAGUCUUCUUGUUAACUCCUAUAAACGCUAAUAAAUACUAUUCUGGUUUUAAAGUCUCCUAUAGCUUUUUGUGCUAUAGGCUUUUUUGUGCUUUUGGUUAAAUAUGUUUUUAUAUCAUAUCUUAAUAAUGUUGAACAAGUAUGCAUUGGCUAUGAUUAACUUGUUAGUAGACAAUAAAAUCUUAGAUAUAGAUAA